AAAAAAAAAAAGUUAUUAUCCUUACAAUCCUUAGACUUAUGAUUAUUCAUUGUAAUAUUUGAUGAUAAUUUAUACAUUUUAUUAUUAUAAUUAUUUUUUAAAUUUAUUCUUUUAUUACUUUCUUACAUUAAUGUUAACAUCAGUGAUAUCACGUAUUUUGUAUAUUUAAAGUUAGGGCAAUUUAAAAAGAUGCCUACAAGAACUGAACCGCCAGAAAAGCGGCACGUUAUAUGCAUGGCAUCAGAUUUCUUUUAUCCAAACACUGGGGGUGUGGAAGAGCACAUUUAUAACUUAUCACAAUGCCUUAUGAAGCGAGGACAUAAAGUCGUCGUCAUCACACAUUCCUAUGGUCAGAGAGGUGGUAUCCGAUAUUUGACUGGUGGGCUAAAAGUAUACCAUUUACCUCUACUUGUAAUGUAUGCACAAUGUGCCCUGCCUACUAUGAUAUGCAAUAUAGCUCUUAUUCGAUACAUUUUAAUACGAGAGUGCAUAGAAAUAGUUCACGGUCACUCUGCUUUUAGUGUUUUGGGCCAUGAAGUAUCAAUAAUAGGCAAAUUAAUGGGCUUAAAAACAGUAUUCACUGACCAUAGCCUGUUUGGUUUUGCUGACACAUCUGCCGUACUAACCAACAAGUACCUGCAAAUGUGUUUAUGUGAGUGUGACCAUUGCAUAUGUGUUUCACACACUGGCAAAGAAAAUACAGUAUUGAGGGCGAAAGUUAAGAAUCACAAAGUUUCUGUCAUUCCUAAUGCUGUUGAUGCAUAUAAUUUUAUACCUGACCCAAGUCAAAGGGAUCCUAAUUUUAUUACCAUAGUUAUUGUUUCAAGAUUAGUGUACAGGAAAGGUGUAGAUUUGAUGGCAGCAAUAAUAGCAGAAAUGUGCCCAAAAUAUCCUAAAGUAAGAUUUAUUAUUGGGGGAGAUGGACCUAAAAUGUGGCUUUUACAGGAAGUGAGAGAGAAAAUGGGAUUGCAAGAUAGUGUGACAUUACUGGGAAGUCUGAAACAUUCUGAAGUUAGAGAUGUUCUUGUAAAGGGGGAUAUUUUUUUGAACACGUCUCUAACGGAAGCUUACUGCAUGGCCAUAGUUGAAGCAGCUGCUUGUGGUUUGAAAGUUGUGUCAACUAAAGUUGGGGGAAUUCCUGAAGUAUUACCAGAGAGUAUGAUUUAUUUGACAGAACCUAAUGUGAGCAGUUUGAUUGAAGGAAUUGAAAAUGCUAUGGAAGAUAUAAGAGAGGGCAAAAUCUUAUGCCCAUAUAAAUGUAACAAUAUGGUCAGAACAAUGUACAACUGGAUGGAUGUGACAAGGAGAACUGAAAUAGUGUAUAAUAAGAUAUCACGAAAUAAAAACAACCCAUUAGGAUAUCAAUUGCGAAGUUACUUAACAAGUGGUGUUUGGCCAUUUAUCUUACUUAUAAGUUUAAUGUAUUUACUGCUACAACUUGCAGAAAAAAUAUACAAAAGGAAACAUAUUGAUAUAGCAAGGGAUUUGCAAUUAUAAUAAACCAAAGAUAAAAAAUACACAUUCAAUAUUCUUUUUUGGAAUGUUUAUUAGAUACUAUGAUCAAAAUAAAAACAAUUUACUCCAGCUAGUCUUAAUGUUAGCCAUAUUUUUAACUUUAAUAAAAUAGAAAACAAUAUUUAUGUAAUAAACAGCAGUUACAUUCCAAUAUUGCAGAUUAUAAUAAUAAGAUUAUUUUAUAAAUUAUAUUUUUAUUAGAGAGUACACAAUAAGUAUAUAUUUUUCUAUGUGAUUUUCUCUAAGACUGAUAUUUAUAAUAUUACCAUCAUCAACUCUCCAUUCAAGCUCUGAAAAGAAAAAUACACAAAUAUAAUAUAAACAAAUGAUCUUUUAUUGAAUUUUUUAAAAUAUAUUUGACCAUAAAAAGGGUGUAAUAAGGUUUUUUUUUAAUUAAGCAACCUUGGUUGAACUAGGGAACAAAAUUGAGGGUACAACAAAAGUUAGUAGCCUAAAUUUCCCCGAUUGAGAAUCAAAACCGGGAGCUCAUUACAAAAAGCAAUGUGUCUAUUGCUGCAUUAUGGAGGUUAACUAUAGUAGGAAACUUACACUUUAGUAGUACGUGGGGGGUGUUUGGGUCUGACGCCAGACUGUUUCAGUUGCAGGACGAUGGAGCGUAGGCGCGCGACGUCGCGACCUCGCCUAGGCCCGAAGUCGCACAGUUCCGCCACACGGGUCCACUCGUUGCCGUCUUCGACAUUCCCC